AUGGAAUGCAGGCCCAUGGACCCGGGCUGCUGCGCCGAGGCGCAAAGCUUUACGGCCGAGGCGGAGGCCUGCAACCUGCUGGCCAGCGAUCCCACGCUGGAGAGCUGCUGCCAGCGUGACCUGAAGGAGCAGGCGGUGGUAGCACGGCUCAAGGCACAACUCAGCAUCCACGACCGCAGCAAGGAGCGGCUGCGGGUGGCGGGGCGGGUGCUGGGAGCAGCGCCGGUGGCGUCAGCAGAGGCGCUGCAGCCGGGCAGCGAGCUGGACGAUGAGGAGGACGAAGAGCUGGGCCGCCUGCAGGCGCAGCGACUGCAGCAAAUGCAGCGUGAGGCGGAGCGCAAGGCACAGCUGCAGCAGGUGGGCCACGGCGGCCUGGCCGACGUGCCCGAGUCGCGGCUGCUGCGCGAGGCCGAGUCGUCGGCGGUGCCGCUGGUGUGCCACGUGGCGUUUGAGGGGUCACCCCUGGACGAUGAGCUGGACGAGCACCUUGUCAGGCUGGCGCAUCAGCACCUGGGCACACGCUUUGUCAGAACGCUGAUCAACCUGCGAAGCACACUGCACCUGCGGCUCCGCUCGCCGCCGGGCCCAGGUUUGCUGUGCUUCCGCGCGGGGAGCCUGGUAGGCGCUGCUGGCCUGGACCGCUUUGGCGCCCCAGAGUGCAUCCAGGAGGAGGCUGUGGACAAGUGGCUGCGACAGCACAGGGUGCUACGCCUGCUGUCUAACCACGGCGGCAAGGCACCAAGCGGCUGGCAAGGUGGCAGCUUGCAGGAUGACAGCGACGGUGGCAGCAGCGGGGAGGAGGAGGCGGCGGCGGCGGAUGACUGGCAGCAGCCCUGUGAGGUGUGCGGUAGGCGCUACCCCCACCACCACAUACGAUCCGUGCAGGCCACGAGGGGCAGCGACAGCGAAUCUGACUGA